GACGUGCUGGUCAGCUGCGCCUUCUCCGGGGUGGAGGCCAUAGCUGCGCAGCAGGGCCGGCCCUUCUGGGAAAGCCCGGCCACUCUGUGGGACGACAUCAACAACGUGGGGCUGCGGGGCCACUACCUGUCCCUGCGCCACGCUGCCCGCCUCAUGGUGUCGGCGGGCCACGGGCUGCUCGUGGUGGUGUCGUCACCUGGCGGCCUGGGCUACAUGUUCAAUGUGCCCUACGGCGUGGGCAAGGCCGCCUGCGACCGCCUGGCGGCCGACUGCGCCCACGAGUUGCGUGCCUACGGCGUGGCCUGCGUGGCCCUGUGGCCCGGGAUGGUGCGCACCGAAAAGGUGCUGAAGGAGCAGCACGGCACAGGCCCGAUGGCUGAGAAGAUUCAGGUGAUGAUGAAGGGCAUGUCGGAGACCCCCGAGGCCAGCGGCAAGUGUGUGGUGGCCUUGGCGGCUGACCCCCACAUCAUGGCCCACAGCGGCAAGGUGCUGCUCACCCCCGACCUCGCCCGCCGCUACGGCUUCCGGGAUGUGGAUGGGAAGCCCGUCUUCAAUUACGUGGCGGUGCGCAAUGUGCUGACCAUGCUGAAGCCGCAGCUGGCCCGCUUCUUCCGCCUCAUCCCGGAGUGUCUCACCAUCCCCAAGUGGGUCAUCGCCCUCUACGCCAGCAAGUUCAGAGCCUACUCUGCCCUGGAGCCAGCCCCGCUGCCUAAGAAACAAGACUGACCAAACCGCAAAUGACUUUUUUCAAAAAAGAUUUCCCCCCCCCCCUUAGCUC